AUGGAAUGGUAUCUCAUGAAGAUCCUUGAGGAUGGAGCUUUCUUAUUGGAAAGGGCCGAGGAACAAGCUGGGCCACGUAUCCACGUUGAACCACGGAGUGCCAAGGACACCAUAGCUGCGGAUGAGUUCUAUGAGGCAGCAAUCAAAGGUCUCUUCGAGGUUGUUGACGAUCCUGGAGCAGGAGGAAUUCCGGAGGGUCUCCUUGAACUGGGCAAUGCCAUACUCCGGAAGCUUGACCCCAAGAGGCACAAUCCCACCAGGAGAUUUCUUGUUUCGAAAUGGCUUUUUUCGGUUUUUCUCCUUAACGCCAUCAUCCAUCCCGAGUCCUACGGCAUGAUGUCAGAAUACCAUAUUACUGAGUAUGGCAGACAAAAGAUCCUGAAAGAAGUCGCCAUGAGAUCGCAAAGACUUGUCGUCGAUAUGACCUGGAACAAAUCGGCUUCUACUCCGCUUGCGCUCAAGGGUCACAUCGAGAAUAUAAUGGCUCGUUUCCGUUCGAGCCGGCCGUCUAGGCCAAAUGCAAAGCUUCUCCCUGCAAGAUCCAUUACUUCCUUGAGAGAGACUGCGGAAGUCCAUCCAUACCUCGUCUUGGGUCCUUCGGAUCUGAUGACUAUGGUAAAUGCUCUCUUCCCCGAGAGACGUCCUGUCUCUAGUUCUCUAUCGAAAGACCACUUCAAUGGCUUGCGGUCUGGUGCCUCCUCAAUCUCGGGGAUCAAUGCUAUCUCAAUGUCAAUGCCCAUGCAGGCUCGUGGCGCUUUUGACAAUGCCUCCAUCCUCAGUACUAGUGGAUCAUCGGUGAUCAGUGAUACCACUACUUCGCGUGAACCUCUACUUGACGACGGCUCGAACAGCGCACAGAGGUUUUCGCCCGCCUCGGUAGCAUCUGGCCAAUCCCAACGUCUAAGCUGCUACGAAGACGAUGGGUUUGAGCUUCGUGUAGCCAUUUAUGAAAUGGUACAGACUCUUGGGGCCGACGGGAUCUCUGGAGCCUGCCAUCCUUGCGCCGAACGCUGGGCUGUCCUCUUCAUAUCUCCAGACGGGCAGAAAUUAUCCACGCAGAUGAAGCAUGAUCCUGACGACGAAGGCGAUGACGAAUAUACUUCCAGCAGCGAGAGCGAUGAUGAGGAUAAUGGAUCGCGCCCCGACCUGGAUACAAACUACCACCAAUUGCGAGACUCGAUCCUCAAGCUUGUCGAAGAUUACGAGAUUCCCCAAUCGCUUGAUUCUAAGAGCGAGACAAAAACCUUCAGCAAUAGAACUUCUGCUUUUGAUAGUCCUCGGAAGAAACAACGCAGCAGGCCAGGGUCAUCCGCACAAGCGCAAUCAAAGAAUCCUUAUCGCCCGCGCGAUCCAUCUCCCGAAAAGACGAAGCAUGUUGAUGCCAAGCCUAAGCAGCGAAAAGAGUCUGACGGCCGGAAGCACGCAGAAUCAGAGCCGCCGUCGGUCCUGAUCUAUAUGCUCGAAGCUGCUGAGAAACAGUGUAGGGAUCAAUGCCUCUAUACAAAUGCCCACUUGUACUGGAAGACGUUGAAUCAGCUUCAACAAAUCUCUUCUCCGUCGUUGAAGAAAGAUGGGUUUGCCUCUCUUUUGAAUAUCUUCUCUAGAGGCCCUCGCGACUCCAUUAGACGCUCCACCAGUGCAAUUGAGGAAUACGAGGCCUGGUUAGUCUGGCUUAAACAAUCCCAAGAACGUCACGAUGUAACUAUCGAAUCCAUGAUGAAGCGUCUGAAAGCUCUACGAGACAAGAUGUGGUACGUUACGGAUGUCAGGAAUUCCGCGGCCUACGAAGGGGCCCGAAAUAUUGCGGUCGCUCUGAAGUGUAUGGCGUCGCCAAAAAAGAACCCGUAUCUAUCAUCAGGAGGUUUGCGGCCCCGCAUCAUAUCACGACCGUCUCCCAAUAACUUCCUCCUGAAGACCGAAGCCCAAGUCAUGGAAGCGAUGGCAGCUUCCGAGGAGCAAGGGGGACCCAAUAAGCUGUCUGAUGAGCAAUCAGAGAGGACUUUGCGAUGGUUGUCCCAGUUCGGCAUCGAGAACUUCUGCAAAGGUGAAGAGCGAAUUCACAGGUUCUGUUUGGAAAUCGAGACCUGCAUCAAUAAGCUGGUCGGCGAUAAUCUGAUGGAUGGGCCAGUCCUUUGGUCGAGCGAGCUUUACUAUCGGGACAAGCGCAUCUUGGACAGUGGGAGACAAAAGGGGGACCUUUUUCUCAACGGCAUCGGAUCGUUGAACAUAUCUGGAGAUGAUCCUAACGAGGCGGAGACUGGGCGGCGAGGCCUGAGAAGUACGGACUUCAAUCGACCGGGUAAUCUUCGCUCGAUGUCAGUGAGGAACGGCUCGCAGCAGAGUUUUGAUUCUGGCAGAUACAGCAUGUCUAGAUUGAGUACGACAGGAGAUCUCCUGGAUUCCCAAGACUACUUCGGUAUGGCCAGCCCAGUCUUGACUAUUGAUUCUGCUACCACAUUCUGGUCACCAUUCCAAACCCGAGCUCAAUCGCCAACAACCAGCAUCAGUAGCCAUCGCCCAGGAACCGCAUCAUCCACAAACGAGACAGUCAUGAUGAAGGAAGACCGUGCGGGUCUAGCAAGGCAACGCUUUCUCACCGAUUUGAAGCAGACCCUGACAAGUUUGCUCAUCAGUGACCUCGGCACCCUCGUCUUUGCGCGAGGUAGUGAGACUGAUGCUUGGUUCUCAGGAAGCCUUGGUCAGGAUUGUAUGGAGAGAAAGGAGCGGCUCGAUCGAAAGGCUAGAAGAAAAAGUAAAAGAAGGACACUUGAGAAGAAGAAAAGUUUUAGGGACCUGCGCGGCGCUCAAAGGCCUGAGGUAGCAACCGAAUAUCCUGAAGCCCAUACUGAGCGAGGAGAGAAGGCCACGGUAGCAGGGUCUCGGCCAUCGCCAGAGCACGGGGCUGCGGAAGGCUCUUCGACAGCUGAAUACUCUUCUACCAAUGACACCAGUGGAAGCGGUUCAAGGAAGAGUGUGUCGAAGGAAUCGGAACUACCGGAAUUCCCUUACAGAGUAGCAUUCCAGCGGCUACUGAGAAUGUUUUCAGUUCAUCCAAACCCGUAUGCAAAGCUGAAUGCUUUGUUUGAGCUAGAACAUUUGAUCGUAGCAUAUCUGACGCCUUCAGCGCCACGGCGUCCAAGAAUUCGCCAGGAUUCGGUGACUGCCCCUCAGUCACCGCCACCCGAAAUUCAACACAAUCCUUUUGGCCCCAGCGAGGCCACGCCAGCCGCACCGCGAGCCAAGAAUCUCGAAGAGGCUAUCGACAACUGCAAAGAACGACGUUCGCACAUCAUAAAUCUUCCCGAGACUUCCUCGCCUGUCCACCGGGUGGCAGAGAAAUCCUCGAGCUUGCCUAAUCCCGCGAGCACUGACAUGAUCGUCGAUGUCCUACAAGACCUUUUCCGCGAUGCAGAUAUAAGGCCAAAGACUCUGUUUCGCGAUCUCCAAUUUAUCGCGUCCUUCGUACCGGCCGCUAUCCUUGAUAAGACGGAGCGCGGCAAGGCUUUCUGGGAUGCCGGGCUUGCCGCUCUGGGCCUGAAGCAGGAUGUGUGCCGGACGCUCAUAGAAAUCGCAGACGAGAUCGUGGUCCACUACACCCAAACACGCAAGACUGUUUCCUCAGCCUCCGAAGCUCCUCCGGCGACCAACGGGAGCGGAGAGUUGAUGAAAUACAGUAUGCAGGACGCUGCCAAGAUGUGGACCAUCACUGCAAAAGAAGGAGAUCCUGUCGCCGAGAGAGAACUAGCGAUCUUUUACCUUACACACCCCGAGCUUGUGGAGAGGGUUACAGCACCGUUGAGUAAGCCGAGAGAAACGUUCAAGGCGCAAGUCAUGGAAAUGCACGGUGGAGGUGGUACAGUGAAGGAGGAGAGGGAUCGGGAAAGGAGUGACCCGGCAACGAUGUGUGUUGCUUAUCAUUGGAUGGAGUUGUCUGCUUUAGGGGGUGACGAGCUAGCCAAGAAGUACCUGAGGCAAAGGGAGGAACUUAAUGCAAUCCCCUGA